AUGAUUAUUGUAUUGCUAUUAUUACUUUUUGAUGUUAAUGCGGAUUGGUACCAUAGCACAUUGGCAUUUACAUUGGCGGCAAACAAUUAUCAAUAGCAUUUGGGACAGGACAAGCAUGUAAGUAUUAAACGAGACAGGUUGUUUUAGAUUUCUUCACCCCGUGGUGUAUAUAUUGUCAACACAUGGCAGGAGAGUUUAAUCAGGUGUUUGAACACUACUAGGAAACCAGGCCAGAUAUCUUGAUUGCUAAGAUGAAUUGUGACGAGUAACAAAACCAACAUAUUUGUCACCAUUUCGGAGUGCAUUCAUUUCCAACUAUUUUAUACUUUCCUCCUGGAUAGGAUAGACCGACUUCAUAGUUUCAGAAUCACAGGAGGUUCGAUUUCUUUGUUUAAUGGAUUGAUUCUUUGGCAUAGAUAUCUGAAUAGGCUAAGUAGGAGAUGCAAUAAUAGAAGAUGGAGAAGAUUCUGAAGGAAUAGGAAGAGUAGGAGUAGCGAUUGAGGGAGAUGAUGGAAUUGGAGAAGCAGAGACAAAUCGAAUUGGAAGAGCAGGAAAAGCAGAAGGAAGAGGAGCUGAGAAUUUCCUAAUCAAUUUAAUAAUAGAUUACAGAGGCGAAUACAUUCAUUGAUACAAUCAAAGGGAUGGAGAAGGAGGUGUACACUUUACAGUAACAAAUAGCAGAACUAAACAGCAAAAUGAGUUAAAUUAAGAAGAUGCCAAAAGUGAAUGUAAAUCAUGCUUUGGUGUUUGCAAUUAUUGGAUUCUUUAUUGGAGUAGCAAUGACUUCUGUAGUGUGUCUAAUUCAAAAAUCAAGUAGUGCAAAUGUAGAGAAAGGGAUGUGAG